AUGCCUCAAGAUUUCAUCCUCGACACUCGCGACUGGAAUGAGUACGCGCUGCGUGUCUUCAUUUACAAAUUGCGCGUGUUGCGCGGCGGCAAGCUCGUCGUCCAAAAAUCGGCCCUCACCGAAAUCGUGUUCGGCUCAUUGCGGAAUCUCACGACGACGAUCGCCAUCGUCGACAAUCUCAAUCUUCGCUCGAUCAUUUUUCCGCGAAUGAAAGGAAACUGGGAGACGGAUUUUCUCGUCAAAAAUAAUCCGCGCCUUUUGCCUGUUAGUGCCGAAAUUUUGCGCCAACACUGCGUCGGUUUAUGCGAGAUCGAUGGAAAUGAAGACCGGAAAAUGGAGACAUCGGAGCACAAGGAGCUCCGUCGCGUCGCGUUCUUCGCCAUCGUCGUCUCGACGGUCGCCGUCAUCGCCGCCGUUGUGACGCUGCCGAUGCUCUACUCGUACGUCGCCAACUUCCAGUCGCAUCUCAUCAUCGAGACCGACUUCUGCAAGACUCGCGCUAGAGACAUGUGGGCCGAGAUCCAUCACAUCGACGCGCCGCAAUUCCAGCGCGCCAAGCGUCAGUACGGCUCGUCGCCGACACCGGCCGCCUAUAAUCCACCGGCGCCGGCUGGAUACGGUUCGCCGGUCACCAAUUCCGAGCCAGCGCCGACAUGCUGCUCUUGCCAGCAGGGACCAGCCGGACCACCGGGACCACCGGGCGACGAUGGUGUCGCCGGGCAGGACGGCAAUCGCGGAAACGACGGAACCGAUGGAAAGGACGGAAGCCUUCUCGAGUCGGCCAUCGUCAACGAGCCAUGCAUCAUCUGCCCGCCGGGACCGCCGGGACCACAGGGAAUGGCCGGUGCCAAGGGACCACAAGGGCCGAAGGGACCCAACGGCGAGAAUGGACACGAUGGAAAGCCGGGAGCCGAUGGAAUGCAGGGACCACCGGGAAUGAUGGGACAGCCGGGACGACAAGGUGUCAGCGGGCCGAAGGGAGCGCCGGGACGCGUGAAUCAAGUCAACGGACCACCAGGACCAGCCGGACACAAGGGCAUCCGCGGACCGCCGGGACCACGAGGAGAGGCUGGAUUGGACGGCAGCAAUUCGGAAGGACCGCAGGGACCACAAGGAGACGCCGGACGGCCAGGACCACGCGGAAACCAGGGACCACCGGGACCAGAGGGACCACAAGGGCCACCAGGAGACGAGGGAGGCUGCGAACACUGCCCGAUUCCAAGAACCCCGCCAGGCUAUUAG